AUGGCUGAGAUCACAGGUCGGUACCAACUCCAAACAAAUGAGCAAGCAACAACUCAGCUUAGUUUUGAUACGGCGGCCAUUUUGGCUGCACUCACAUCGUUCAAACUGGAAGAAACUACCAUUAAACAAGAAACUGAGUCUGAAGAUGUCACUAUUGUACAGAGCUGCUCUUUUCAAGAUGAGGAACCACUAGGAAGUAAUGAUGAUGAAAAUACUAUGGAGACUAAACAUGAUGAGUACCCUAUAAAUAUACCAGUUACCGACAACAUUGUAGUUAAUGAUAAUGAAGAUUUAGAUGAAAGUCGUGCUAAUGAAGAAAUAAAGGAAACCACCGAUGGAAAGGAUUGUGAGAAUACUAUUAUUGCUGAAGAAUCUAUGGUCGAAAUAAUCAAUGAUAGUGAGCCUUCCGGAGCUGAGAAAGAGAAGAACAUUGAUGAAGAAAAAGAAAUAUUAAUUGGAAAUGAAUUAAUGAAGGAAGAUGAGUAUAGGUCUGAUAACAUCAACCCUAAUUUUCCAGUAAUAGAAGAGACUAAUGUUGACAUUGUAAGUGAAGAUAAAAAAGGAGAAACUUUAACCGACAUCACAACUAAUGAUAGAUCUUCUAAACCUAAUGACCAAGUUAUGGACAUCAGGUAUUCAGAAGAAAUUAAACCUGAUAAGGGACCUUACCGGAUAAAACAAAAAAUUGUCGUUAUAGACUCAGGUUAG